AUGGCAGAUUAUCUUUCAAGAUCACCAGUCGAAAUAGCUGAAGAAGAUAUUGAAGAACGAACUCAAUAUGAAUCUGCAUCAACACAAACAGAUUUAUCAUUUUCAUCAUUAAAUAAUAAUUUAAUUCCAUUAAAAAUAACAACAGCGGUUACUAGAGCUCAAGCCAAAUUACAACAACAAGCAAUGGCAACACCAUCUAUUAAACCAACAGAUGAAAAAAUUAAUGAGCUCAUCCCACAAGGGAAAGCAGCGACUGAUGACGAAAUGGUAAUCAAACAACCAGAUGAUAAUCCAAACAAGAUCAUUCCAUUUAAUAUGGAUGAUUUAAGAAAAUAUCAAGAAGCAGACAAGACAAUACAAGAAAUAAAAAAGAAUAUUAAGAAUAAAAAACAUUAUAUUAUUGAAGAUGGAAUAUUAUUUAGAACACAACAACUACCACUUCCACCAGUACCAUAUGUUCCAGCAGGACGAACACGUGCUGAUAUAUUAAAAAUAUAUCAUGAUACACCUGCAAAUGGAGCUCAUUUUGGACGUGACAAAACAACAAGAAAAAUUCAAGAACGUUAUUAUUGGCCAACAAUGAUAGCUGAUACUAGAAAUCAUAUUAAUUCAUGUUUACCAUGUGCACAAAAUAAUUAUCGUCGUCAAAAAUUACCAGGAAAAUUAAAACCAAUACCACCACCGGAAGGAAUAUGGAAAUUAUUAAGUAUGGAUUUUCAUGGUCCAAUAACUCCAACAUCAAAGCACGGAAAUAGAUAUAUUAUAUCUCUUACAGAUGUAUUAUCAAAAUUUGUUAUUACAAAAGCCGUUCGAGAUUGUUCAGCAACAACAGCAGUGAAAUUUCUUACAAACGAUGUCAUAUUAAAAUACGGAACUCCAACAUGCAUUUUAACUGAUAAUGGUACUCAUUUUACUUCUCAAGUUACGAACAAAUUAUUUGAAAAUCUUGGAGUUACUCAUUUAUAUUCUACGGUAUAUCAUCCACAGACAAAUGGACAAAUCGAACGAUUUAAUGCGACAAUGGAUGGAAAAAUUGCUGCAUUAUGCAAUGAACGAUGUACAAAUUGGGAUGAAGUCUUACAAUUUGUUACAUUUAAUUAUAAUACGUCAAUACAUGCAACAACAAGACAAACACCUUUUGAAAUGAUGCAUGGACGACAAGCUGCUCUUCCAUUCGAUCAACAACAUGAAAUUAUUUCGCUCACACAAGAUCCAGAGCAUAGUCGAAAAAUUAGAACAUAUCUUGAAAAAUUAGUCAAUGAAGCUCGAAACAAUAUUAUAAAAAAUCAACAACAAUAUAAAGCUCGAUAUGAUUUACAUAGACAAGAUUUAUUAUUAAAAGUUAAUGAUUUAGUUUUAAUCAAAACAAGAAAUGUUAGAAAUAAAUUUGAUAUACGAUAUGAAGGUCCAUUUAAAAUUAUUAAACAAUUAGGACAUAAAACAUUCAUUGUUCAACAUGUAAAAAAAUUAACAUUAACAAGACAAGUAACAAUGGAUGUUAUCGUUCCUUUGGUGGAACGAUGGAAUUUAAUUUAA